AUGACAACACUUGAUCGCACUACUUGGCGCUGGGCCAAUGUCAACGAUCUGGACGAUUUUUUUCAAAGAGUGUAUGAUUACUAUCAGGGACGAGGCAUAACGCUCGCAUUUGUGAUUGGAUUCUCUACGUUCUUGAUCGGAUGUGUUGACUAUUCAGAGAUACCUCAUCAUACGUCCUUAUCGGACGUCUUGGUGCCUCAGUGUAUAUCAAGAUUAUCAGGCACAACCACUAUGUUUUUAGUCAUAUUUAUCCUGUGGUGGGCAUGGCAAGCACUACGCUUCGUAUUGGAUUGGCCAGCAUUGAAGGAAAUGCAUGAUUUCUACCAUCAUUUGCUUGAGAUACCAGAUGAAGAUAUCCAAACUGUAGCGUGGCAAACAGUAUUGGAACGAAUAACCAAUAUCCAUGAAAGCAAUCCGACCACGGCCAGUACAUCACCUUAUCGUGUGGACGAACAUGCAGUAACGAGCCGGAUCAUGCGACAAGAAAACUACCUGAUUGCUCUAUUCAACAAACGUACCUUGGACAUUACGAUUCCUUCGCCUGGUUUACGAAACAUGCAUUUGUUCACUCGCGACUUGGAAUGGAACGUGGCAUUCUGUGUGCUGAGCUACGUGUUCGAUGAACGAGGUCAGCUGCGCAAGCGCUUUUUACAUGAAAAGAAUCGCGCAAUUUUAGCGGCUGGGCUCCGUCGACGACUUGUAUUUAUGGGGUGGCUUAAUUUUAUCUUUGCACCAUUCAUUUUGGUGUACCUGCUUGCCUUUUUCUUUUUCCGGUAUUUCGAGGAAUAUCACAAAAAUCCAAGCGAAAUCGGCACGCGAGCGUUUUCACCUUACGCGAAAUGGAAGUUUCGUGAAUUCAACGAGUUGCCCCAUUUCUUCAAGGCUCGACUCAGCAGCUGCAACAGUCUAGCAAACAGAUAUGUCGACCAGUUUCCAAAGGAAAAGACUGCCCUUCUUGCUAGAUUUGUUGCGUUCAUUUCAGGAUCGUUUGCUGGGGUGCUGUUUGUCGUGACCAUGUUUGACUCGGAAGCGUUACUGAACUUUGAGAUCUCACCAAACGGCACGAUUCUUUUUUACUUGGGCCUGUUUGGUGGUGUAUUUGCUGUGAGUCGCGGUAUGAUUCCGGACGAGCACUUGAUCUUUGAACCCGAAGAGCUGUUGCAACAAGUCAUGAAGUUUACCCACUAUUGUCCAGAAGAAUGGCGUGGCAAGUUACACACGGACGAGGUUCGAGGACAAUUCUGCCAGCUUUUUACAUACAAGGCGAUGCUGUUUGUGCAAGAGCUUUUGAGCGUGAUCUUCACUCCUCUGGUACUCUGGUUUUCGCUGCCGACGUGUGCGGAGCAAAUUAUUGAUGCAUUCCGGGAGUUUACGGUUCAUGUGGAUGGACUUGGCUACGUGUGCAGUUUUUCACAGUUCGAUUUCAAUAAACAUGGUGAUGCCAAGUACGGCGCACAAACUCGAGCAGAAGAUGAGCACUUGAUGAGUAACGACGGCAAGAUGGAAAAGAGUUUCUUGAACUUCAAGAUAAAGAAAUGA